CGAUAGUUGCACGGAACUGGAUAGUGGGACCGUUCGUUCCGUUGGCAUGCCGUUAUUUAGGCACACAGGCCGCCGAUUUGUUUGUUUUAACAAAAUUGUGUUUUUACCAACUGCCGCAGAAUGUCGGAGGUCCGCAUUCGGCCGCGCCAGGUCCUUAUCCUGAUCAUCGUCUUCCUCGUGGUUCUGAUGAUGGUACACCGCAACGGGAAGCGCACAUGCCAGGGCCCAGAGUACCUGCAGGCCAUGUUCAUUCAGGCGGACACGUUACCCACGAUUUACGCCGUAACGCCAACGUAUCCACGGCCCGCACAAAAGGCAGAGCUAACCAGACUAUCUCACCUCUUUAUGCUGCUGCCGCACCUGCACUGGAUCAUUGUGGAGGACAUGAACGCCACCACGCCGCUGGUCAGAAACCUGCUGAAAAGAGCCGGUUUAGAAAAGCGUUCAACGUUGCUAAACAUCAAGACGCCAACAGAGUUCAAGCUGAAGGGCAAGGACCCCAACUGGAUCAAGCCUCGUGGCGUGGAGCAGAGAAAUCUGGCUUUGGCCUGGUUGAGGAGCCAUGCCGAUGUCGACCGGCAUUCUAUAGUGUUCUUCAUGGACGACGACAACUCCUAUUCCACAGAACUGUUCGCCGAGAUGAGCAAAAUAGAGAGGGGUCGCGUGGGCGUCUGGCCGGUGGGUUUGGUCGGUAGUCUGAUGGUGGAGCGACCGCUGCUCACUGAGGAUGGCACCAAGGUGACCGGAUUCAAUGCCGCUUGGCGACCGGAAAGACCAUUCCCCAUCGACAUGGCCGCCUUCGCCAUCAGCAUGGAUCUCUUCAUCCGGAAUCCGCAGGCCACGUUCUCGUACGAGGUGCAGAGAGGAUAUCAGGAGAGCGAGAUCCUAAGGCAUCUAACCACCAGGGAUCAGCUGCAGCCACUGGCCAAUAGGUGCACGGAUGUGCUCGUCUGGCACACGCGCACUGAGAAGACCAAACUAGCCGCCGAGGAGGCGCUCUUGAAGAAGGGCCAGCGAUCCGAUGGCGGCAUGGAGGUCUAACGCACGGGAGCCAAUUGUAUAUAUAGCAAGCUACCUUCCUAGUGAAUUUACGUAAUGUGUUCCGUCUCCCUGAACUAUCACUGCUUCCUCAUAGUCUAGCCCCAAUUUAUUUAAUAUUUUGACUUCCUUUUAUUCUAUGUAAUUUGUAAAAAUAUGGUGUAG